GCCGGGAAUUUGAGCCGUUUCUGAGGGGAAGGAUAAAGGCGGAGUCCGCGGAAAGCGGCCGAAGGGGAUGAGCUUGGAGCGCUUAGUGAAGAGGACGCUUCUCUGCGGGCUGCUGGCGACGCGGGGCCUGACCAGGACAAUGUGUGCUCAAGAAACCGACUGGCAGUCUGCCAAAUCCAUCUACGAUUUCCACGCCACGGACAUCGAUGGCGCCGACGUCUCGCUCGAGCGGUACAGGGGCCACGUCUGCAUCAUCACCAACGUGGCCUCGAAAUGAGGCAAGACGGGCGUGAACUACACUCAGUUUGUCGACUUGUACAGCAGAUACGCUGAGAAAGGUUUACGCAUCUUGGGGUUCCCCUGUAACCAGUUCGGCAAGCAGGAGCCGGGCACCAACGAGGAAAUCAAAGCCUUCGCUGCAGGUUACGGUGUGAAGUUCGACAUGUUCAGCAAGAUCGAGGUGAACGGGGACGGCGCCCACCCGCUCUGGAAGUGGAUGAAGAGCCAGCCCAAAGGCCGGGGGACGCUGGGCAACGCCAUCAAGUGGAACUUCAGUAAGUUUCUAAUCAAUAAAGAAGGCCAGGUCGUCAAGAGAUACAGCCCAAUGGACGACCCAUUUGUGAUCGAGAAGGACCUGCCCGCUUACCUAUAGGACUUGGCUGAACGCGACACCUGCGUUUCCUCUG